GGAAGUAGCGAUUACAUAUUUCCUGUUAUGGUCCCGGAAACUAAUGCGGACGUAAUGUGGUGAACAAGUUAGCAAUGCCAGGCAGGGUGGAGUACGGGGAGCUAGAGGAGAGCCUCCCAGCCAUUGCUUCCCUCAAUGCCUCCUACUCACAGGCCUCACUGUCUGCUCCGUCCCCCUGCCCACCCUGUGCCCCUGAGGAGCGCCGUGUCAUCUCUGAUGUGCGCCGGACCUUCUGCCUUUUCGUCACAUUUGACCUGCUCUUCAUCUCCUUGCUCUGGAUCAUUGAGCUCAAUAUCACAAAGGCUAUCUGGCAGAACCUGGAACAGGAGGUGAUCCACUACAAGUUUGAGACGUCGUUUUUUGACAUCUUUCUCCUGGCUGUGUUCCGCUUUCUGUGCCUACAGAUUGCCUAUGCUGCUGUUCGCCUGAGGCACUGGUGGGUCAUCGCGAUCACCACUCUGGUGUCCAGUGCCUUCCUCAUUGCUAAAGUUAUCAACUCGGACCUGCUAUCCCAGAAUGCCUUUGGCUAUGUGCUACCCAUCACCUCCUUUGUGGUGGCAUGGCUGGAGACAUGGUUCCUUGAUUUUAAAGUGCUCAGCCAGGAGGCUGAGGAUGAAAGGGCAUUCUUGGCGUCCCUGGGCACAUCACAUGAGCGAGGCCCCCUGCUGUACCCCCGGGCUGUGUCUGAUGGGCAGUUCUACUCCCCUCCUGAGUCCUUGGCAGGUUCUGAUGAGGAGCUGGAUGAGGAGGGACUAGGGCGGAGAGCAGUCACUGUCCAGGAGAAGGAGUUUGUGCGGCAGGGCCGGGAGGCCAUGGCGGUGGUGGAGCACAUCCUGAUGCAGGAGGAGAACUGGAAGUUUGAGAAGAACAAUGAGCAUGGUGAUUCCGUGUACUCCCUGGAGAUUCCUUUCUAUGGGAAGACCUUCAUUCUCAAGGCUUUCAUGCAGUGCUCUGCAGAGCUUGUCUACCAGGAGGUCAUUCUGCAGCCGGAGAAGAUGGUUCAGUGGAACAGAACAAUCUCAGGCUGUCAGAUCCUGCAGCGUGUGGAUGACAACACCCUGGUGUCAUAUGACAUCUCUUCUGGCGCAGCAGGGGGCGUUGUGUCCCCCAGAGACUUUGUGAAUGUACGACGAGUAGAGCGGCGACGUGAUCGCUACAUGUCGGCAGGAAUGGCUACCAUUCAUGAAGCCAAGCCUCCACACAACUGCUAUGUCCGGGGGGAGAAUGGUCCAGGAGGAUUUGUGGUUCUCAAGUGUGGUACCAAUCCCUCUGUGUGCACCUUCAUUUGGGUUCUCAACACUGACCUUAAGGGUCGACUUCCUCGCUACCUCAUCCACCAGAGCCUGGCAGCAACCAUGUUUGAGUUUCUGACCUAUCUGCGGCAGCGAGUCAGCGACUUGCACUCUUCUCUUCGGUAGAAUGCUACUUGUAUGAUGCAUUUAUCCCCAACCCUUCCGAGCCCUUUUUUGUCCGGGGUGUGACCAGUGGCCAAAUGAACUUUUGCUGAACCUCACCUUGGCAAAAAGGCAUUCAGCUGACAUAUCACUGAAAUUGGUUUGCCUGGAGGAUGAGCCCUGAAUGAAAUGCUCCUUCAGAUUCCAGGCACCAACAUGACUGCUCCUGACUGACGCAAGCUGGCACAGAUGUGUGUGAGCCUAACAAACUCCCUCCGAAACGUAAAAGGCCGGUGUUCUGUCUCAAGUCACUUUUUUUUUGUUUGUUUUUGGAGACAUUUGCUUUAACGUGGGAUGUUGCUUGAUGACCGUCAUAUCCCAUCUUGAUGUGGAUUGUUUGUUACCUCUAACACACAUGAGAUUAGAUAAAGUUUGUCAGUGUCCUUUUCCCACUCACACAUCCCCCUGAACUGAUUUCAAGUACAUGCAAUUUCAUCUUCAACUAUUGAGGGCAUGUUAGAAAUCACACUUAGUUGGAUGUAUUAACUGUGUAAAAUUAUCCCGAAAUUAUAUGAACCCCCAACCCCCCCCCCCAAGAAAAGAAAACUUGUGCUUUGGUUUCAUCAUCUGUAUUCACUGCUGUCAUGGUGUCAUUGCACUUAAUUUGAUGGUAUGGCAAUAUAUUGCUUAACUUUGAAAUAUUUUCUUUUUUUGUAUCGAUCAUUCUUUUUAUGAGUAUUUAUAACAGAAUAAUAAAAAUAAUUGAUUACAAAUA